AUGAAUCUUAGCGGUAUCGUCAGGUGGCUGCGGCUGCCCGACAGCGAGGUGGCCGAGUCCAAUGUCUGGAUCAACGACGACAUUCGGCCCAUGCCGCCGAGCCGUCGACGAUGGACGUCAUGGACCUUCAUCUCCUUCUGGUUGACUAACCAAGUGGCCAUCUCUAACUGGCAGUUGGGAGCGUCUCUCGUCGCCGCAGGGCUCUCGGUCUGGCAGAGCGUGAUUGCCAUCAUUGUCGGGAAAGUCAUCAUCGCCCUCGUUGCCAUAGCCAACGGCAUGGUUGGCGCUGAAUGGCACAUCGGAUUUCCCGUGGUAUCUCGCUACAUUUGGGGCGUUUACGGACAGUAUCUUAUAUUGAUCCAAAGAAUCAUUCUUAGUCUUGUCUGGUUCUCCGUCCAAUCUUGGACUGGCGGCCUGACAGUUGUCAACUGCCUGUCUGCUAUCUUCCCUUCGUUCGAAUCACUGGGCAACGUGUUCCCCGAGUCUUCGCAUCUGACAUCAAAGGGCUUCAUUGGCUGGAUUCUUUACAACAUCCUUCUUAUCCCGAUUCUCUACAUCAGACCCGAGCGCAUCCAAAAGCUCCUUCUCGCCUUCAACGUCAUCUCAUCAGUCACCCUGGUGAGCAUCAUGAUCUGGGCUUUGGCAACUGCAGGCGACGCGGGUUCUCUUGUCAGGCAAGGGUCCAAGUCCAUGUCCUCGAGCGAGCUCGGGUGGCAGAUUGUGCACGGAAUCACCACCGUCAUUGGCAGCAUCGCCGUCGGCUUGACCAACCAGCCCGACUACUGUCGGUUCGCUCGCAAGCCGGGAGAUCAAGUUUUCGGACAAUGGUUCAGCAUCAUCUUCUUCGGCGCCAUCUUCCCCACCUUUGGAUGUCUUGCUGCGUCGGCAACUGGCGUCAUUUACGGCGAACCGAUCUGGAACCCGCCCUUGAUCGUGCAAGCAUGGCUUGACAAUGACUACAACUCCAAGAGCCGCGCUGGUGCCCUUUUCGCCGGCCUUGGUCUUCUUUGCAUCCAGCUCAGUAUCAACUCGGUUGACAACGCCUUCUCUGCCGGCAUGGACCUUGCGGGCCUGUUCAGCCAGUACAUCAACAUCCGACGCGGCGCUUACAUUGGCCUCGUGCUGAGCAUUGCUCUUUGUCCAUGGGAGCUUCUAUCGUCCGCAUCCGUCUUCAUCAGUGUUCUCUCCGCCUACAGCGUCUUCCUGGGGCCCGUGAUCGGCAUCCAGAUUUGCGACUACUUCAUCAUCCGUCGCCGGAGAAUUAAGCUAUCAGACCUGUAUCACCCCCACUCCGACGGUUCUUUCUACUACUGGAAGGGAAUCAACCCGCGCACUUUCGUAGCCUGGGUAUGUGGCUUUGCGACGCAGCUACCAGGGUUCGCGGCCAGCGUCACUCCUGAUAGCGUCAAGGUCGGCACAGCAUGGAUCAACCUAUACUACUUGGCAUUCCCUCUUGGCUUCGCCAUCUCGUUCCUCCUGCAUCUGGGCAUUAACACCAUGUGGCCACCCCCGGAAGCUGGCGUCAUCGAUGAUGUAGAUUACUAUGGAACCUUCACGGAGAGCGAAGCCAGGAAGAUGGGAGUGACGCUGCUUGAGACGGAAGUUCUUGAGGGCUCCCAGAAGGUGGUUGAUGUAGAGACGCCCAGUAAAGGUCCCCAGGCUUGGCUUAAGUCAGUAUUGAAAUAA